ACUGCCUCUGCAGCAAAAACAAAGAGCUAAGAACAAUAUGCCCAUUGUAAAAUAUCCUAGGACCAUAGAGCCUCUCUGGAUUGAAUGGGACAGGAAGGCACAGAAAUGUGGAUUAAGACAUACAAUUUAUGCUGUCAAUAGGGAUCACUAUACUGGAGAAUGGUUGGACAAUUUGAAGCAUGGUAAAGGUACACAGACCUGGAAAAGUACAGGCGCAAUAUAUAAUGGUGACUGGAAGUUUGGAAAACGGGAUGGAUAUGGAACAUACAGCAUUCCUGAUCCUGUAACUAAAGAAUACAAGAAAGUGUAUUCAGGCUGGUGGGAAAAUGACAAAAAAUGUGGCUAUGGAAUUAAGUUUUACUCGGACAUGGAAUAUUAUGAAGGGGAAUGGAGUGGCGGGAAAAGAAGCGGCUGGGGCAGAAUGUACUACAAGGAUGGAUCCAUCUAUGAAGGACAAUGGUUGGAAGACCAAUGCAGUGGCCAAGGAAUGCUUCGCUUAACAAAUGAAAAUCGGUAUGAAGGAACGUGGAAAGAGGGAAAGAAACACGGCCUAGGAAAGUUUUUCUACCUGAAUAAAGGCCAGUUGUUUGAAGGUUUCUGGGUAGCAGAUAUUCCGAAGUGUGGAACUAUGAUUGACUUUGGACGAGAAGAAGCUCCUACUCCUACGCAGUAUCCAAUACCCAAGAUUGAACUGGCCAAUCCAGAUGAUGUUUUAGAAGAGGCCCAGGCAAUGCUUGAUGACAGCCAAGAAUGAGAAAAG